AUGUCCGAAACUCACAAUGAUUCUAGUCCAGCGGAGCGCGAAGAAGAGCACCUCUUGUCUCCUCUGAGGUCCGAUCGCUUUGCCAAUACAGCAUACCUAUCUCAAUACAUCCCCGAGCUAGACCCUAACAGCGCACGAGCCAAAACAUUCCGGACAAAGAUGGCCAAGCGAUCAGCCAUGUUGAAAAUCCAAAUGGCAUCCGCCUUUUCAGUAGUCACCAUAUCCUCAGCCGUCCUCCUCUGGGCCAUCCUCUCGUACCCGCCCGACGACCGCGGCGUCGGAACAUUUCUUGUGGGCAACUGUUCGACUGCCAGUACUAUCAACACUGCCAUUCAUGGUCUUAUCAAUGUUAUCUCGUCUCUAUUUCUGGGCGCUGGGAAUUACUGUAUCUGGAACGCUACCAUCUUCACCUCUCUUCCGAUCAUUGCCAUCCCACGAGCGAUGGUGACAAGCGACUUUCAGACUGCUGGAGAUAAUUGGACAGCCACUGAUCCUCUUCGAAACGACCAUCGAUGGUGGCCGCCUUCUGACGAUGACGCAGCACAGCUUGGCAUAUCUUCACUGUAUGGUUUACAAAGCCAGGCGGCCAAUUUUACCCGUCUCGAUCGGAAAGCAUGCAUGAAAGGCUUUCUCAACCCUCUAGAAUCAACACGGUCCGUCUUAAUUGUAUCAAGCAACGUAACCUCGACACGGAACAAUGGCUCCUCGCUAAUCGACGGUUGGGUCACUCCUUGGGAGACAUAUUGGAGCUGGUCCAACGGAUGGAUCUGUGAAAGAAGUCAAAAAGACACAAAUAACCUUAGGUAUUGCACUCUAGAAUGGGCUGAAAGCUUCGCGGACGAUUGGACAGUGGGGGAGGUGCGGUCUGCAUUACAGCACGACCGCUUGGGUAUCGUGUGUGUUUGCACCUUGUUUGAAAGCUUGAUGGUCGUGUGGACCUGGCACCAGUACCGGAGGAGCAGUAAAGAUCCCGACAGUAAGAAGGCUCGACGGACGAUGAUUACCAUGGGGGAUGCAAUUCAUAGCUUCCUUGAGAGGCCCGUUCCUGAUGGCUUUAGUUUGAUGGAUACAGAUGUCAAGGAAGGCGGAAUUAUUGUGUGCAAUGUCGUCUGGAAACUACACCUGCAUAUUCCUUGGUCCAAGGCAGUUAGCAAACGAGUUUGGAUCAUCUCCGUCCUGUUAUUCUCCUGUGGCAUCAUCGGCUGUGCAUACCCCGUCUGGUCAUCAUACCAACACCUAAUCCGAAUAGGGGUUGACCAUGCAGAUAUUUGGAGUCGAGGCUUUGGAAUUCACCCGGCAUCGAGUUCCAACGAUUUAGGACCAUUAGGCGCGACCAUUAACAAAAGCAAAACAGGUACUAGGCUAGCCAAUAUCAUCAUCGCCAACAGUCCGCAAGUACUGGUCAGCUUUUUGUACAUUUUCUGCAACAACAUCCUCACCCGCCAAGUCGUGGCGGAUGAGUGGGUGCGCUAUCUUGAACCUGACGGAAAGAAAGUAUUGCGAGUCUCGAGUCCUGAAGGAAUGCAACGCUCAUCAUACUUUCUCUCCCUGCCGCUCAAAUACUCAGUUACACUCAUGAUUCUAUCCAUGACGCUGCACUGGCUGGUAUCGCAGAGCAUGUUUUUCGUGCAGACCAGUCAAUUCGGUCCUGGGAAGGAUGGCAAGCGUUUACCCUACUUUGACGAAUCAACGAGAGGAUACUCAACCCUUGGGUCGAUCCUUGCGUUAUCCCUGGCAUUCAUCAUGGUCCUUCUCCUGAUCGUGAAUUCCAUCUGCAGGAAGUAUCGCGAUAUUCCUAAAGAGUUUCAACAAAUGGGGUUUAAUAGUCGGGCACUUCAAGCUGUUUGCCAGAGACAGGAUGGGGAUCAAGACGCUAGGUUCUUCCCCAUUAGGCUUGGUGUUAGUCCCAGCGACGGGGACCAAAUUCCAAGACUCAUCUUUUCGACUGACAUUCGGCUUCAAACGCCUGAGCCAGGACACCGAUACUUACACCCUGUAUUUGUACACGGGGUUAGAGAUACAUAUCCGUUGAUGGAGGGUACCAAGAAGGUAGCCGUUACUCUCUGGAUGCAUGUAGUCAAGCUGUGGGAGAAGCUCGUGCUAGCAAUCAGGGGGAUUCAAGGGUUUCACUAUGGGCGGCCUGGUGGAGCGGCGUAG